UGAGCGGAUAGUUGAGCAGCAGUCCAGACCGCUGCGGAGGAGUUCUCCGCGCCCGGGACAAAUGGGGGUGUGGCAUGCAGCGCUGAACCGGGAACUGGAGCAAACAAAACUUCUGAAGGUUAUGGGGCAAGGAGGAGGUUCAAAGCCAUGGAAAGGGGUGGGGUGUGGAGGAUCUGGCAACAGUGCUGGGAGGGAAGCGGAGCGGGGGGAGCCUGGAGAGGGUCAGGGCUGCGGAGGGCUGAGCGGCGCUGGAGAGGUUUGGGAGCCGCCACUCCAGCGAAGUGGCCGGUAGGUGGAAGCCAGGCCCUCAGGGAUUUGGCCAGCUUGGGUUGUCAGUCAGGCAACCGGGAGCCGCCACAGCCCCUCGCUCUGCUUGAAGGGGGCGAGGCUGCUGGGAGGGAGGUUCGGCGGGGAAGGGGCGUCGCCCCCAGCGCUCCCGGCGCCCCCGCCCGCCCCAGCGCAAUUGGGCCGCCGCUGCCCAGCCCGCGCCACCUUUGCUCCAUCCCACCCCGCCCGCCCGGCUGGCCCGGGCCCCUGUGCCGCUGGUCAGUGCCCCGCCGCGCUUGUCCGGGGGCUGGUCCCGCCGGGGGCCGUUGACGUCACCUCCAACUUUGCUGUCCUCUGCUCCCCACGUGUGGCGGCGGCGGCCGGGAGGCAGUGGCGGAGCUCCGGGGAGCACAGUGGCCACGGCCGCUGACGGGUCCGGCGCAGCCCGGCGCGCCUCGCCUCUCGCAGGUGGGGUCCAACAGCUGUUUGGAGCAGCCGGACACCCACGGAGAGAUUCCCGCUCGGUCAGAGGGACUCAGGGGGAUCUCUCUCUGGGGCCAAGAGGAUCUGAGCCCGGGGCGAGGGGGAGCGACAGGCAGGCAAGGGGACCAGAGGAAGCCGGGGCUGGAGGGCAGUGUCGCUCGUCGCUGUCUGGAGCGCGUGGAGCUCAGCGGCCCCGCAGCCACGCGUCCCCUGACCGAGGGAUGCACGAUCGCUGAGCCGACAUCCGCGCCUAGAGGCCGCUGGGAGCUGGGGCUGAGACUCACGCCUUUGCCACCGCCGCCAAGACCCCCAUUCCGGCGACUCUCGGGGAACCCGAUUGCCAAGCGCUGCCCCAAGCCUCAGGACUUGGGCGCGUUUAAGACGAUGGUUUCUUAAGCACGGCCCCGCGUCCCCCGUUCCUGCCCCCUCGACUGGAGGCAGGCAGCUUGUUCGGGGCUCCUGGGGCUCGGUCCCCCUAGGAGCCCUGGCCUCCUCCUCCCGGGGCAGUUCGCACAGCCUCAGGCGUGCACAGGCGAUGUGGCCUCGGUCUAGCGCUCAGGCCCGCCUGGGGGAUGUUAUGGCACCUGGCAGAGUCCCGGCCUAGCAUGGCCCGCGUUUUGCCCGACGUCGCCUUCGGCUAGGAUGGCCCCUCCGGGCCCGGCCGGCGCCCACCCCACCUCGGCAGAGCCUCUGUCCCGCAGCAUCUUCCGGAAGUUCCUGCUGAUGCUCUGCUCUCUGCUCACGUCUCUGUACGUCUUCUAUUGCUUGGCCGAGCGCUGCCAGACGCUGUCGAGCCCUGUGGUGGGGUUGUCCGGCAGCGGCGCAGAGGCGGGAGCCCCGGAUCGCGGCGUCCUGGCCGGAGGCCCGCGGGAGCUGGCGAUGUGGCCCGCGGCGGCACAGAGAAAGCGCCUCCUACAACUGCAGCAGUGGCGGAGGCGCCGGCCGGCCGCUCCGCGCCAGAACAGGGACGAGGCGGCCUGGGAGGAGGAGACCCCUGGCCUGGCUGGGGGUCCCGGCGGCUCCGGGGCCGGAAGCAGCGUGGCCGAGGCCCCUCCUGGGACCCUGGCGCUGCUCCUGGAAGAGGGCACCAAGCAGCUGCCGCAGGCCAUCAUCAUCGGCGUGAAGAAGGGCGGCACGCGGGCGCUGCUCGAGUUCCUGCGCGUGCACCCCGACGUGCGCGCCGUGGGCGCCGAGCCCCACUUCUUUGACCGCAGCUACCACAAGGGCCUCGCCUGGUACCGGGACCUGAUGCCGAGGACCCUGGAGGGCCAGAUCACCAUGGAGAAGACGCCCAGUUACUUCGUGACGCGGGAGGCGCCCGCGCGCAUCUCGGCCAUGUCCAAGGCCACCAAGCUUAUCGUGGUGGUGCGGGACCCGGUGACCAGGGCCAUCUCGGACUACACGCAGACGCUGUCCAAGCGGCCCGACAUCCCCACCUUCGAGAGCCUGACAUUCAAGAACAGGAGCGCGGGCCUGGUGGACACGUCGUGGAGCGCCAUCCAGAUCGGCAUCUACGCCAAGCACCUGGAGCUCUGGCUGCGCCACUUCCCGCUCGGCCAGAUGCUCUUCGUGAGCGGCGAGCGGCUCAUCAGCGACCCGGCGGGCGAGCUGGGCCGCGUGCAGGACUUCCUGGGCCUCAAGAGGAUCAUCACGGACAAGCACUUCUACUUCAACAAGACCAAGGGCUUCCCCUGCCUGAAGAAGGCCGAGGGCAGCGGCAAGCCGCACUGCCUGGGCAAGACCAAGGGCCGGACCCACCCGCACAUCGACCGCGAGGUGGUGCGGCGGCUGCGCGACUUCUACCGGCCCUUCAACCGCAAGUUCUACCAGAUGACCGGGCUCGACUUUGGCUGGGAUGGAUAACAAUAUAAUUUAAAAAGAAAAAAAAAUCAAAAUAUAAUAUAUUUUUUUAUCAAGCGGUAGAAAAAAGGCAGUUUAAUAUUUGUGCUCAAAAUAAUUGUUUCAGUAUUUUUUUCAAUGAAUGUUAAGAGAUCAUUGUUGCUCCCCUAUCCCGUCUUAAUGUGUAACCAACACCAAAUAUUUGGAUAAACAGAAAAGAAAAAUUUCACUCAUCUAAAUAUUUUCAAUUUUCAGUUGUAAUGUUGUGUUCUGUAAUACCCAGUCAUAAAGUAUAACCAUCAGUUGCCAUUAAAUUUUUUAAGAAAAUCC